CCUGCAGUGGAGCUGUGUAGUUAGAACGGGGCAGCUAGAUGCCAAGGUUCCCCCGGCAGGGCUCAAGAAACCAGCCAUUGCCUGCAAACCUCAGAGGUUGCUCUCAUUGCCUCAGAUGGAGACCAGGGAAGCCAUUGGGAAGGAAAACAUGGGCAGCAAGAGAAAGAACCUGACCUUCUUGAGACCCAGGCUGUAUAUGCUGGAGAGGAGGAAGACAGAUACUGUGGUGGACAGCUGUGUUUCUGGGGACCACUCUGGCACCUUGAGGAGGAGCCAGUCUGACAGGACGGAAUACAACCAGAAACUACAAGAAAAGAUGACUCCACAGGCUGAUUGCUCCUCAGCCGAGACCCCAGCCCCUGAGGAAGAGCAACAGAUGGGAAGGAUGAUGGCAAAGCGGGCGAAGAUCAUCAGGGAGCUGAUACAGACGGAGAGGGAUUACGUCACGGAUCUGGAGCUGUGCGUUAGGGAGGUGGUGCAGCCGCUCAGAAGCAAACAGAUUGACCGGCUGGACGUGGAGGCCCUGUUUACCAACAUUGAAUCUGUGCAUCAGAUAUCAGCCAAGCUACUGUCCUUGUUGGAAGAGGCCACAACAGACGUGGAACCGGCCAUGCAAGUAAUCGGAGAGGUAUUCUUGCAGAUUAAAGGACCACUGGAAGAUACUUAUAAAAUCUAUUGCUAUCACCACGAUGAAGCGCACAGUGUGCUGGAGUCCCAUGAAAAGGAAGAAGAGCUGAAGCAACAUUUGAGCCACUGUAUCCAGUCCUUAAAGAAUAUAUAUAUGCAAGAAGGCAAGCCAAACCUGCUGGACAUGGGCUCUUUGAUGAUCAAGCCCAUCCAGCGCGUGAUGAAAUACCCGCUGCUGCUGUGUGAGCUUCGGAACUCAACUCCUCGCUCCCACCCGGACUACAGAGCGCUGGAGGAGGCCUUUGCUGCUGUGAAGGAUAUUAACAUUAACAUCAAUGAGCUAAAAAGGAGGAAAGACCUAGUCCUAAAAUAUAAGAAGAAUGACGAGGAUGAAUCACUUAAAGACAAACUGUCUAAACUAAAUAUUCAUUCAAUUAGCAAGAAGUCGAAAAGAGUCACAAAUCAUCUAAAGAUCUUGACCAGAGGAGAGUCACAGGUGAAAGAUAAUACCUUUAACAGAGAAGAAAAGCUUUUUAGGUCACUGGAAAAGACCGUGAGACUUUGCGUGAAGAACAUUUCAUCCUGCCUUCAGCACAUAGAGGAAGCCAUGCCCUUCGCCCUGCAGAGCGUGGCAGAGCUCCGUGAGAUUUCCUGCGAGGAUGGAGAGAAGAACUGCGGUGAAUCCCAGAGUCAUGCUUCAAAUCCCUGUCAAGACUUUGUAGCUCGCUCUCAGAGACUCAUCCUGAGCCCCCUGUCAGCCCUGCUGUCCUUGUUCUCAGGGCCUCAGAAGCUCAUCCAAAAACGCUAUGACAAACUACUGGAUUAUAAGAGCUCCCUGCCUCGGUCAGCAACUGAUGAGUCAGACUUGGCCAAAAGGGAGUAUGAGGCCCUCAACGCCCAACUUGUGGAAGAGCUCCAGGAAUUCAACCAGGCUGCCAGGAAGAUCCUGCUGAACUGCUUGUGUUCUUUCAUUACCCUGCUCCAGGACCUGAUGCUGGUGGCUCUGCAGGCUUAUUCCACAGUUAAGCCGGCGCCACUCCUGGCGGUGAGCAUCUCUGAGAUUCAGAAUCGAGUGCUGGAAGAGGUUCAAAACUUGAAUUUUGUAAAGGACAACAGUGCCACCUUCAUUGAGAGGAAACUGAGCUUUGAAAAGAAGAAGCCUGCGCAGGUUCCGCCAGAAGUGCCGCAUCAAACUGACGUUCACCGCUCCAAACUUCUGUCCACGUAUGGCGCCGAGGAACUCUACCAGGCUAAGCGCAAGUGUAAUGCCACCCAAGAACAUGACAUCAAUCUUCUGGAAGGAGAGUUGGUAGCCGUCCUGGAACAGAAGGAUCCCCUGGGGAGUACGAGCAGGUGGUUUGUUGACACAGGAUUUGUAAAGGGCUACGUGUAUUCCUCCUUCCUAAAGCCCUACAACCCGGCGAAGGGGCAGAAGGUGCAUGCCGAGAACAGAUUCUGUGAUGACGAUUUCGAGAACAUCAGCCUCUUUGUGUCUUGCCGGCCAGCUGGUGACAGUGUCACCUGCACUCCUGAAGGCAGCAUAAGCGACAGCAGCUCAUCUCUUAGUGGCACCUGUGGGAAGCUUGAAACAAAUGGUGCUGACAUUGAUACUUUUCAGGAGGUAGAUGAACAGAUUUUCUAUGCAGUCCAUGCUUUCCAAGCACGGAGUGAUCAUGAACUCAGCCUUCAAGAGUACCAGAGAGUCCACAUACUUCGAUUCUGUGAUCUAAGUGGGAACAAAGAGUGGUGGUUAGCUGAAGCGCAAGGUCAGAAAGGAUACGUGCCAGCUAACUACCUUGGGAAGAUGACGUAUGCUUAAGAAAACCAGUACAUGACAUUCAUUUCCUGGCAGGUUGCUUAUUGACUACCUCAUAAAACUGACACUGAAACUUCAAACCGGAAAGGAAGAAAUCUCCAUCCUGCAUGAACUGACAAUGUGUCACGUUUUAAGGACAGUCUAGCUUUUUAAUAGGACCAUUUCAUUGAUGGAUAAAGAAUAAUUGUUGACAGAAAACCACCAACAAAAAAGCAGAGUAAACAGCCUAGGCUCUUACUACAUAUUUAAAGGUAGAGCUUUAUUGAAAAGACAUAUUUUUGUUUAUCAUCACCAAAGAGUGGAUCUGAGAAUGUUUUUCUCUUAAUUGUAAUGUUUUACUGUACUUUGCCUUAAACACAUUUUUUCAUAUUUCUUUUUCCACAUAUACAUGUUUACAUAUACAUAUAAUAUAUCCUGAAGUUUAUACAUGAUGAGUAUAACACAGAUUAUAUGUAUGUGUAUAAAUCACAGAAUAAACUAAUCACAUAAAAUGGCAGGCAAUUAGAAGUCUGUAAUAUGGGGCUCAGUUUUUAAUAACGUUUUUAAUUAAAAAUAUAUAAUAUGUUGCUACUAUCCAAAACUUACUAAAUGUAUACUAUGUGAUAGGCAUUGCUUUAAGUGAUUUAUAUAUUUAUUAAUGAUUUAAUGCAACAUAGAGUAAACAUUGCCAGCGAGUAGUAGAGGUAGGUCAAACCCAGGCAGUGUAGUUCCAAGGUUCCUAAUGUCUACACCUUGAGUGCAAAACAAUGAUGUAAGUAAUGGACUUGGUGGAAGUCAUUCUUCUCUUAGGUCCACAUUUCGAUAUGUAAUAGUUUUUCAAAAUUAAGAGCUUAAGAAGACUACUGCAUGAGCCCGGGAAAGAAAAAUGAAGUGUCUAAAUUUAUUGUCCGUACUUUUUAUUGUUGUGAUUAAGCAUGUAUGAAGUACUCUUUCAAAGCUGUUGUGCGUGAUGGCUGAUGAGGCUUUAAUGAGGAAGCACUUUUGGAUCGCUCAGUGAUUUAGGGAUACAUGAGGAGUCUGCAUUCUACUUCAGAGCCAAGAAGUAAACACUGUGACCGGCCAGUUUGUACUUAGACAAGGUGCUGAGGAUUGUGUUAGCUAUAACACCAUGUUAGGGCGCUGUGCUUUAAUUUGGGCCCAGUUCUGAGAACUGUCCUCCGAAAUUUCAGGCAUAUUCAGUAAAGACAUGUUCUUGGGUUAAGGGACAGACACAGGGAUGAAACGAGCCAGAGAUGGCACUCAGAAGUAGAGGAGGGUAACUAAAGUAGUUGCAUGUAACAACUCUAUAGAGAAUGUUUUAUGGAGGCCAAAAUGUCAUGUGUUUCCUUGGUCAGCAUUACCAAACACCCGCUGUUUAUCGGGAACUCUGGUAGAUUUGAGGGUUUUAGCACAUCAAUGCAGUGCCCGGCCUCAUAAAGUUUACAGUCUAAUAAGGACAGCAGUGGUAUUGCAGAGCUAAAUCACUGAUGACACUACUGAUAAACAGCGUGUUUAAGACCAUGUAACAGGAAACUUCUAAUCUUGUUUGAUUUGAGUGGUUACUCUUAUAAUUAUGGUAGAUUUUAAUUGCCUAGAAAAGUCCUAAUGACACAAUUUAAGAUUUCUUACUUUGAAAGAUUAGAUCCUUUUGAUGGACAUAUGUUAUGAUAGCAAUAUCUAUAACAAGAUAAAGAGUUCUACUUCUCUUAUGGUAGCCAGCUGAAUAUCAUUCCUGCCUCCCAGAGAAGAUACUUAUAUGAAAGAACCUUUUUAUACUACUACUAAAUUCAUGAAAGCAGUUUUUCUUUGUAUUUGAAUAAAAUGUUUUGUUUUGUUUUUUAAACUAGGGUAACAAAAGACUUUCUAAAAUUUAUUAGAGAAUUUAAAACUUGUUCAAUUCCUCUUUCAAUUCAAUUUUUAAAACAAAUUUGUUUGCAUAAGGUUAAGCAAAAGGAAAUCCGAAGUUGCUACUUAAGGACAUUAUGAAAAUGUCUAAAGAGGCCUAAUUUAUACGUGGCUGUGUGUAUCUGCACAGCUAUAUGUAAUGCCAAGCUUCAAUGUUUUGCACAAAAAUGAAGAAAUAUAUAAAUAUCACAGAGGUGCUCUUCUGGCUGAAAUAAGUGAUCAGAUGCAGGAGAGCUUUGUUUACUGGUGUGGCCUGGGAGUAAUGCUUCCUGUCUGACCUUUGAAAAAUCUGCACCAGGAAAAUCAAUGCUUCAGUUAGCUCCCACGAAAGAACCGUUAUGAAGCCAGUGACUGCAACUUUCCUAUCAUGACGAGCACAUUCCUAUAAAUGAGCUCUGAAAAAUUAUAUAAUGCCUUCAUUUUCUAUUUAUUUUGCUUAAGAUCAAGUAAAUUAUCAUUUUGAAAUUAGACCUUAGAAAAAUUAAUUUCCAAGAUGGUUUACAGAGUGUAUAUAUUUACGCAGUCCAAAAGGUUUAACCAUUGAUUGCAUCAGUAUCAUUACAACUAGACAUGCUAAUGUAUUUUAUUAUAUUCCUUUUUAAAUUAAUAUUGUACAGAAUAGGAUCCUCUGAAGUGGGCAAUUUUUUUUUUUUACCAAGAUGAAGAGGAAGCUUUUGUAGCUAUUUUUCUUUUUAAGACAAAAAUAUGUGUACCUUAUUUAGAUUUUAUUUUGAAAUGUACAUGUUAAAAUUACUAGUAUCUAUAAUAAGGUAUAGAAAGUAUAAAAUAUUCAUCUAAUGAUACAAAGUAAUCAUUGGUGCGGAAUCAUGAUAAGGCACAAAGCCAUUAUACGUUGACUUUGAAGGAUGGGUAGAGGAAAAGAGAGAGAUAGAGGCACAUGUCUUGUCACAACAAUGAAGCAGUGGGUAAUACAUGCUAAAUGGUGGGAUGUUCUGAAUCAUCCCAAAAUAUAAUUCAGAUUUUGAGAAAUUGCUUUUUGAAUGCCUGAUGCUACUUGGGAUGAACAUAGUUUGGGUGGUUUACAAAAAUGAGUGUUUUAACUACUGAGACAUGGAAUUCUCCCUUUUUGGGUUUUUGUCUAGUACUUUAACCUCACAAAGCCCUAUGAAUAAAAGGAGAAAAUCUUAAGAUAUAUAAAGCCCUCACCCUUUAAGCUGUUUGCAGUAGCUGUAGCUUCCUAAUAUACCCAUUGUAUUGCUAAUGCUAGCAUCUUGACCUCACAAAACAUAGACCAGAUGAAGUUAUACAUUUACAUUAUGGUCAAUGAGGUUGUGAUCACAGUUUACUGACCAGACAGACUCCGGACUUGAUACUCUUUAGGAAUAGAUCCUGUUGAAAGACUGUAACUCUUAAAAGUAUAAUUUUGUAGAAGCUUCUUUCUUCAUGUGCACAGGGCUGUAGAUGACUCCAGUCCAAACUAUAUCACUUCAGAGCUACUGGAUAUCAAGCUGAGAUGACUUUGUGCAGUUACUGUUUUCACAGUUGUAUACUCUAGUCAGAUGCAGGUGGAAAUUGCGUAUUUUGAAAGGUAACACUUUAGAAUAGAACUGAGGUGGAAUUCAGAAUUGGAAUUGAGAUGUUCUUGGUUGGAAAUCCUGAGAAUAUAUUCUUACUAAUUUUUGUUUUGUUUUGCUUAAAGUUCUACUGAGGCAUCUGGAUGUAUUCAUUGCUUUUCUUAUUUCUUGUGAUUUUUGUUUUAACAAAAUUUCAUUUUGUUAAAAGUGAUAGAUUUCCUGUGAAAGCUGUGGUUGUAAUUUAUAAUUCGUAACUAAUAAAACUGCUACCACACUCUUGUAAAGAA